CCUUCAGGAGAAGUCGGGAAGGUGGCGGCGGCGGCGGUUGUCCCGGCCCGGCCGGUUGGUGUGGCCCGUCAGCGCGCGCUCCGCAGCGUCCGCGCCGCGUCGAGCCCAGUCGAGCCGAGCAGCGCCGCGGCCGCCGGGUCCGGCGCGGGCGGCGCGCGCUGACGGAGGGCUGCGGCCGCGGCCAGGGCGGCCCGUGGGACCGCGGGCCCCCGGCGCAGCGCCGCCCGGCUCCCGGCCCUGCCGGCCUCCUCCCUCGGCGCCGCGGCCAUGGCGGCCAGCGCGAAGCGGAAGCAGGAGGAGAAGCACCUGAAGAUGCUGCGGGACAUGACCGGCCUCCCGCACAACCGAAAGUGCUUCGACUGCGACCAGCGCGGCCCCACCUACGUGAACAUGACGGUCGGCUCCUUCGUCUGUACCUCCUGCUCCGGCAGCCUGCGAGGGCUAAAUCCACCGCACAGGGUGAAAUCUAUCUCCAUGACAACAUUUACACAACAGGAAAUUGAAUUCCUGCAAAAACAUGGAAAUGAAGUCUGUAAACAGAUUUGGCUAGGAUUAUUUGAUGAUAGAUCUUCAGCGAUUCCAGACUUCAGGGAUCCACAAAAAGUCAAAGAGUUUUUACAAGAAAAAUAUGAAAAGAAAAGAUGGUAUGUCCCACCAGAACAAGCCAAAGUGGUGGCAUCAGUUCAUGCAUCUAUUUCAGGUUCCUCUGCCAGUAGCACAAGCAGCACACCUGAGGUCAAACCACUGAAAUCUCUUUUAGGAGAUUCUGCACCAGCACUGCACUUAAAUAAAGGCACACCUAGUCAGUCCCCAGUUGUUGGUCGCUCUCAAGGACAGCAGCAGGAAAAGAAGCAGUUUGACCUUUUGAGUGAUCUUGGCUCAGACAUUUUUGCUGCUCCAGCUCCUCAGUCAACAGCCACAGCCAAUUUUGCUAACUUUGCACAUUUCAACAGUCAUGCAGCUCAGAAUUCUGCAAAUGCAGAUUUUGCAAACUUUGAUACAUUUGGACAGUCUAGUGGUUCGAGUAAUUUUGGAGGUUUCCCCACAGCAAGUCACUCUCCUUUUCAACCCCAAACUACAGCAUUUAGAAUGCUUUCAUCUAGCUGCAGUUUUGGUGAAUUUACUUCAGCUUUUCCUCUCCAGGCUUCCCACAGUGGAAGUGCUGGAUCAGUAAAUGCUAAUUUUGCUCAUUUUGAUAACUUCCCCAAAUCCUCCAGUGCUGAUUUUGGAACCUUCAAUGCUUCCCAGAGUCAUCAGACAGCAUCAGCUAUUAGUAAAGUUUCAGCAAACAAAGCUGGUUUACAGACAGCAGACAAAUAUGCAGCACUUGCUAAUUUAGAUAAUAUCUUCAGUGCUGGGCAAGGUGGCGACCAAGGGAGUGGUUUUGGGACCACAGGUAAAGCUCCUGUUGGUUCUGUGGUUUCAGUUCCCAGUCAUUCAAGUGCAUCUUCAGACAAAUAUGCAGCCCUGGCAGAAUUAGACAGCGUUUUUAGUUCUGCUGCCACCUCCAGUAAUGCAUAUACUUCCACAAGUAAUGCUAGCAGCAAUGUUUUUGGAACAGUGCCAGUGGGUGCUUCUGCACAGACACAACCUGUUUCUUCAAGUGUGCCUGCUCCAUUUGGAGCUACGCCUUCCACAAAUCCAUUUGUUGCUGCUGCUGGUCCUUCUGUGGCAUCUUCUACAAAUCCAUUUCAGACCAAUGCCAGAGGAGCAACAGGCCUUUCUGGAGCAAUGCAUUCUCAAGUGUUUCCUCACGCUCAUUUUGCGGCAACCUUUGGCACUGCAUCCAUGAGCAUGCCUGCGGGGUUCGGCACUCCUGCUCCCUACAGUCUUCCCACCAGCUUUAGUGGCAGUUUCCAGCAGCCCGCCUUCCCAGCCCAAGCAGCUUUCCCUCAACAGACAGCUUUUUCUCAACAGCCCAAUGGUGCAGGUUUUGCAGCAUUUGGACAAACAAAGCCAGUGGUAACCGCUUUUGGUCAAGUCGCAACUGCUGGAGUAUCUAGUAAUCCUUUUAUGACUGGUGCACCAACAGGACAAUUUCCAACAGGAAGCUCAUCCACCAAUCCUUUCUUAUAGCCUUAUAUAGACACUUUACUGGAACGAACUUAUGUGGUCACAUUACAUCUCUCCGCCUCUUGCACUGUUGUCUUGUUUCACUGAUUUUAGCUUUAAACACAAGAGAAGUCUUUAAAAAGCCUGCAUUGUGUAUUAAACACCAGGUAAUAUGUGCAAAACAGAGGGCUCCAGUAACAACUUUUAACCUGUGAAUUGGCAGAAAAAGGUAGCGGUAUCAUGUAUAUUAAAAAUUGGCUAAUAUUAAGUUAUUGCAGAUACCACAUUCAUUAUGCUGCAGUACUGUACAUAUUUUUCUUAGUAAUUAGCUAUUUGUGCAUAUCAGUAUUUGUAACUUUAACACAUUGUUGUGUGAGAAAUGUUACUGGGGAAAUAGAUCAGCCACUUUUAAGGUGCUGUCAUAUAUCUUGGAAUGAAUGACCUAAAAUCAUUUUAACCAUUGCUACUGGAAAGUUACAAAGUCAAAAUUGGAAGGUUUUAUUCGUUCUUGAAUUUUUCCUUUCUAAAGAGCUCUUCUAUUUAUACAUGCCUAAAUUCUUUAAAAAAUGUAGAGGGAUACCUGUCUGCAUAAUAAAGCUGAUCAUGUUUUGCUACAGUUUGCAGGUGAAAAAAUAAAUAUUAGAAAAUAUGCUAUCGUUUUUGUGUUCUUGCUGCAAUGCCUUUACCAAAGUGGCCUUAAAUAUGAGUAGUGAAUUGAGAACAUCUUGAAUUCUUAAAAGACUUCUAGUGAAUAACUUUUUAUAAAAAGGCCAUGUAGAAAAUUUAUUAAAACUACUAGGACUGCUAUAUUCAGGAAUAUGUCAGUGGUAAAGCAUUUAAAUGUAGCCUGUCAGAUUCACCGUAAUACUUCUACUUUCUUUGCAACUUCUUAAUUUUGUGAAAUUUGUAUAUAAAGAAUUUGCAUGUAUGUGUUAUUUACAAAUUUUUUUAAAGAUUUUGAAUUUCUCAGACUGCAAAAGGCCUAUUUUAACUAUUGAUUUUUUUAAUUUUAAUUGUCUUUGAAUGUAUUGAAAGCAGACAUGCAUUAACUGUGACAUGAUUGCACCUCAGUUUUCUUUCUUUCCCCCCCUUUUUCUGGACAAACUGAUAUUAUCUAUAGGACAUAUGUUUAUGUUCAUUUUGGGGGGAAAAAAAACUGGAACCCAAUGUUACCUUAAAGUUAUGGAAUACUUUGUUUAAAAAGGCAAUGAUACUAAGUUUAGUUAUAUCUUUUUGUUAAUAUUCAAAUGAACUUGUUUAAAUAUUUAUAUAUAGUAAUACUUCAUUCAUCCAGAGUAAUCUGGCAGUCUCAUCAAAAUGGAACACAACCAAGAAACUUGGAUUAAUUUUUAAAAAUAUGUCUGAACAACUUAUCUAAGUCAUAAAAUCCAUAUGUUAGAGCUUAUGCAUUUGUUUUUGUGUGAGAUUUUAAUAAUUUUGAUUAUUUGGUUUCCUAGCUCAUAGCAUAUUAGUUCAGAAGUGAUGGUUUGAAAGGAAGAAGGUGAAGAAACUGAAGAGUAUACACUGUUCAAUACCAUUCAGUGUAGGGGCAGGCAGCCCAGCCUAGAGAAUAUCAGUAUAUCAUCUUCUGAUAAUUGUCUGUUGUUAUAACUUUGUCAUCAAGAAAAGGUGAAGUUACAUACACAGAUAUGUAAUAUAUAUGAAAAGUUUUAUCUUAAAACGAUUAAAAAUUUUUUUUAAAAGCUUUGGUAUUAAAAGAAGUGAACAUCAGUUUCCUCAAAUAUUUUAUUCAUGUUGAAAGCCUUUUGCAAUGAUGACUACAUGAGUUGUUACCCUAGUGUUUUAAAAUCUUUAUAGUGUUGUGGACUUUUUAGAAUAUUGCUGUCCAGUGCACAUCUAACUAAAAGGAUAGUUUAUCUGAAUUGUUUUGGUAAGCAAAAAGACUGGGAAAUCUCUGUCCCUUUCUGAUCUCUAUGCCUCUUAGAAUUAAAUAAUUGCUGCAUUUGGUCCAGGUACGUGUGGGUAUAGUCUUAAAAUGUUUCAACCCAUUUUUCAUGAAAGGAAAAUUUAAGAAAUGUUUUUGAAUUUCUGUUUUAGAUUGUAUUGGGUCCAAAUCAAUUUCAUAUGUACAAAAGUUAUGCUAUAUAAUUGUAGGCCAGUACCCAAGUACCUACCAGGGUUUUCUUCUAAGAAGUAUAAUUAAACAGUUGUUAUCAAAAUAACUUUAUAAAGACUAUUUUUUUUUCUGGGUAAAUCUUGAAAUUUGUAAUUAAUGGGAACUUAAGGUUAUUUUCAAUGAGUGCUUAUAAAGUCAAGACGGUUAGGUUAGAUUAGAUUAAGAAGACAUCCAGCUUUAAAAUGAAUUUUCUCAUGAUCUUUACUGUUUAUUAUUUUUUUAAAAAUCAACUUCAUUUGAUUUCUAUAUUCAGAUUUGCUUCUAGUUUUAUAUAGACUAUCAGAAUGAUGUUGACUACUAAAGUGAAAAUUCUUGAAAGUGACACCACUGAAGACCUUCAAAAGUCCUGGCUCACCAGUUGAAUCAUCUUAUUUCCUGUUCUUUGUUCAGGAAAGACAUUUGUCAUUUCUUUUAGGAUGGUAAAAACUUAAUUGGUAUAAUUUAAAAGCAUAUUUUAUUGUUUUUUGAAAUAAAGAAUGUCUUAUUCCCCUAAUUUCUGUGAAAUUAGAAGUUAAGGUUAUCACUUUCCUUAAAAUAGUUCCUUGUAUGUAUUUGAAAGAAUUAAUCUUUAUCUGUGAGAUCCCCUUGCCUCUAACCCAUCCUCUUUGGUACAGUGCCUAAAAACUGGCAAAAUGGAGAGGGAAAACUAACUGCUUUUUGCCACUACCAGCAACAGUUCUGAAACCUUUUGGUCUCAGAACCAUAAUUACAUUUAUCUAAAUGUUUUAAAGAUCCUCAAAGAGCUUUUGUGUGCGAAACAUGUAUCUUUCAGAAUUUACCAUAUUAAAAAUCAAGGUAUUUAAAAAACAUGUUUUAUUCAUACAAAUAUAACCAUAAGACUCUCAUUACUUAGUUAACAUAGUUUUUGAUGAAAAAAAGUUUUUAUUUUUUGAUGAAAAAAUAACUAUUCAAAACCAAAACAAUGAAAAACAGGAGCAUUGUUUUACAUUUUGCAUAUUCUUUUAAGUCUCAGACUGCUUUUACAUUCUAAUUUUUCUUCUAUUGCAUAGCCUGAACACUGGAAAACUACAUUAUGCACUUGUGAAGUCAUGAGUGUGAAAAAGGAAUGUAGUAUCUUUGCAUUAUUUUGAAAACAGUUUGACUUUGUAUAGCUCUUCGCAGUGUCUUGGGGACUUUUCCUGGAUCACACUUUGAGAACCACUAUAUUUUAAAUUUGUACAUUUUUGGAACAGUAUUUACUUUUACAUGGUGGGGGGUAAACAUAACUACUUCCUGCCCUAAGAUUUGUGUUUGCUUGGUGGGAAAAACUGAAAUUGCAGGAUUCAAACAUUGUUAACAAUUUCAAAGUAAUAAUAGUGGUUAUAUUAUGGGGUGGGACUUUAUUGGGCCUGUUAAGUAUCAGGCACUUGCUAAUUGCUUUUCUUAUACUAUCUCCCACAAUCCUUAAAGUAGAUUCACAAGGCAUAGAAAACUUAAGCUAGUGACAGCUUUUGCUCUUGGAAGCAGAUACUGUUUUGUUGGAUUAAAAUGCUGUUAUAUUUGUGUGUUAAUAGAUUCUUUUAAAAUCUUUUGAAAUUUCUAGAAAGUUACUUUCUAUAUCAUGUACCAAAAUUACUUGAUCACUUAACUAUGAAAUUUGAUGAAAUUAUACUCUCUAUAGAGUUUUAUUUAAAAUUUAGAAUAGGGUAAAUAUUGGAGCAUAUUUUAAACUGAAGACACAUUUGAAGUAUCACAGUGACUUAGGUUUUGUGAUGCAUUCCACCUUGAUUGAUUCAGUUUGUGCCCGGCACCAGUUUUAAAAUUUGCUUUUAAAAAGAAUAAAAUUUGUAUUACAUUAUCCUAUGUAUUGAAUUAAUCCGAAUUUUACUUUGUAUAUUUUAAAAGUGUCAUUAAGUUUUUUAUGUGGUUGAAUUUGAACAAGUGAGCAUAUGACCAUGAUAUAAUCCAUUGUUAUACUGGUGAAUGUUAACAACCAUUUCUUUUUUUAAAAUUUUAUUUAUUUUCAUUAUUAUUAUUUUUUAUUUUUAGUUAUACAUGAUAGUAGAAUGUGUUUUGGCAGAAUGUACAUAUAUAAAGCAUAACUUAUUCUUUUAGGUUCCCACUCUUGUGGUCACACCUGAUUGUGGAGUUACCCUUGUCGUCUUUACAAAAACAAGGCUAGGAAAGUUAAGACCAAUUAAUAACAACUAUUUCUUAUGAAGAAAAAAGAGCCCUGUUUGUGGUGUUUACAGAUACUUAUGAUAAUAAAUACUUUUAUUAUGACUGCUUUGACCUACCACUUUGAUUCACAAAAUGAAGUUUUAAAGAGAUUUCCCAAACCUUUGCAGGCCAUCUCCAGAAUAGCACUGAUGUUUAUUUCCACAAAUCAUUCAUUGAAUUUAUUGGCCCUUUGAUGAUUGUUAUCAGGUAUUUGAAAACAAACCAUUUGUUUUAUAUUAUUCAUUCAGCAAGCAUUUCAGCACUAAUUCAUUUCUAGAAGUAUAACAGGCACUGAGAUGUUUAAUCUGGAAAGAUCCCCAAGUAUUGUGAACCCUGGGUUUUAAAAGUUCAGUCAUUUUCCUAUUUAGAGUUUGUACAUCAUGGUCCACACUGAAUUCUGUCUGCUCUUUUAUUUGACUAGCAUAGUGUUUUAAAAAGUUGACUCUUGAAUCCAACAAGUGGGACAUUAGCCUACCACUCCCAUUUGCUUAGCUUCACAGGCUUAGGUGCUUUUUAAGGCCUUUGAGUUGGCAAUCCUGCAUAGAUAGUAAAAGUGGAAAGUGGCUUUUCCUGCGGCAUCUUUUUAUUCUGAUUUUGGAUUUAGUUUAAGUUUCCAUUUGUGAUGGUCUUUUCCAGUGAAGACUUUUCCAAGAAUGUAUUUCCAGUAACCUCUAUUCAUUGUUUAUUUUAUGCCAACAGUUAAAAUUCAUUAUAUAUUUGAAUGUAUUUUUGAAAUCUGUGUUAUCUAACACACAGGACUCUAUAGAGCUUAAUGACAAUAGAAUAUUGUAAUUCAGCCUUUUUAAAGAGAAAAAGAUAAUUCUACGUAAAACAUUUUGAUUGUUGAUUAAAAUAACCAUGAGUUAAUUAUUUUAUUGGUUCUCUAAAAUCUUAUAUAGUUGUUAUCCAGGUUACAGAGUAAGCAAUAAAAGAUUUGAAUUAUAAAUUCUUAGCAUUUUCCCUCAUUUUUGAGUAGAGUGACAGUAAGCAAACAUCAAGGAGGCUUCUAAUUUUGACUGUAUUAUCCUUAACUAAAGACAGCAAAGGGUUAAAAACUAAUCUUAUAUAGUUCAUGUUUCCUAGGAUGCAUUGGGUACAAUCAGGUUUUUUAAAGACAGAGGUUUUUUUUUGCAUAUUCUAAAUUAAUAUAUGCUGCUUAUUUUAAAAAUUAUGCAGUAUACCCAGGUUAUUACUCUGUGACUUUAUUCCCUCUGAAGAAAUAUAAUGUCUUGUAUUUUUGUGUCAUCUUUCAGAAAUGUCACUUAUUUUAUCUCUCUCUGUAUGCCUCUUCACUGCCCUUGUUUAGAUAUAUAAUUUUGUAACUUGAUUCUUUUUGUCUGACAUGGUUGUCUUUCCAUAUUUGGCAGAUCCAUCUCUAACUCAUUGUUUUAAUGCCUUCAGGGAUUCCAUUAUAUUUAUGUCCCUUUGAAAGAACAUUUUUCAUAGACUUUUUAAUGAAAAGCAUUGUUACAAUGAGAAUAUCCAUAGGCCUGGAAACCAUUGAUAAAAUAGAUACUCUGUUUUGAGGCUCAUCAGUCAUUUAAGUGUGAGCUUAUGCUUCCAUUUAAGAAAUUCUUCCAUAUAAGGAAGAAAAAAUCCCUCAGUUGACUCUAUUAGGUAUUUUAAAAAUCCUAGCAUUUAAAUUGUAUUGUGAAGGCAUUCAGUUCAUUGAAAAGGGUGUGCAAGUUUACAUCUAUUUUCACCUUAGUUGUUUCCAUUGCUCCCUCCUAUUACACUUGGUGUUUCUAAGUGUGAUUUGGGGCUUUAUUUUACAAUUUUUUUGGUAUUGUGCCUUCCCUUAUCUAAAUUAGCUUAGAAUAGACCUUAUUUUUAAAGAAGAGAAAACACACAUUAGUUAUGGCAAAGGCUAUUUUGACACAAUCACAUUUUUAUUCAUUAUCUUUUCAAAUUAGUUUCAUUUGUUUUGGUAAAGAUUUGAGUAAUGACCUGAAAUUUCUGAUUUUUAUUUCUCAGUUCAGAAAUUUCUUGGUACGUAUUUACAUUAUUUACUUCAGCACAGGGCUUGCUUACAUGGAAAACUGUUCUUAUGAGGAAUACACUUGCCUUAAUAUCUUAUUAAUAAGUAACUUUGCACUUAAAGGCUAAAGCAGGGAGCAAUUAAUCUUACUGAGAAAUUCAAAAGAAAGAAUAAGAGGACAUUCUAGUCAACAGGAAUGCUUGGAAAAUGUUAACAUGCUGAGACUUUGAAGACCAAUCAGUUCAGGAGAUGGUUUUAGGUAUGAAAAUUUAUGGACUGCUCUCAAUUUUCAUUUUUGAAAUACUUUAGAGUGGCAGAUGAAUUUGGUUGAGUUUUUAUUGUCAAAUACUGUAGGAAGACUUUUUUUUAAUAAAGAUGUCUGAAUUUGUAUACCAUUUGGAAUAUCCUCUUUGUCAUGUAACAAGACAUCUGGAAUAUUAGAAAAAUUAAAUUUAAAAUUAAAAAUUCUAAAAAUAUAGAAUUUUUUUCCAUUUACAUUCUGUAUUCCUGUAAAACAGCUUAUGGCUCUCUCCCAUCAUAACCUUUUUUGUCCUGGUAACUAUAUAUUAAUAGCUGUUAGUGCUACUUUUUGUCUGCUUUUUAAAUUACAAAACAUUUGCAUUCUUAAGAAGCUGGAUAUGUUUGUUAAUUGCACAUUAAUCCAUUUUUUUUCUGUAAGCAAUGACCACCUUUCUUGAGAUACAUGUUGGAAUAGUUUGGUUUUACCACAGACAGCAUUGAAAUGGGGAUUUUCCCUAUCCCACUUAACUAUAGAAAUUGAAAAGGGAAAUACUGAGUUACCCCAGGUCUUUACCUGCCAAUCUUUGUUUUUCUGUAACAGUCACUGUUAUUUGUUACAAAUCUAUCCCAAUUAUUUUGCACUUUUUCGUUUUAAAUUGUUUUCAGUUAACCAAAACCAGUACCAAGAAGAACAUUUAGUUUCCUUAGAGUAUUUCCACCUCUACCAUCCCUUGAGGAAUUAAAAUGUUGUCUCUUUUAUGUAAAAAGAUAGAAAUUCUUCUAAUUCAGUUGUUUUGUUUGUUUUUAGUAAAUGGCAUUUUAAUUAUUUUUUUUUAAAUAAAUUCUAAGGAUUGGGGCUCUUUGAAACUUUAAAUCAGAGUUUCCUAUGUUCAAGUUCUGCCAUUAACUGGUGUUUGGAAAUUUAGAUGCUUCUGUUUCUCUAACUUUAAAAUGAGAUCUCUUCCAACUAUUAAAACAAUGUUCUCAUGAGCCAUUUGGAAUAUAUAUUUAAAUUGGAGAGUAAAUAUUAGCUUUGGAAAUUGGAAUGAAACAUUUCAGAAUAGUAAGUGUUUGAACACAGGAAACUAGUGUUUUUUUUAGAUCAAAAACAACGGUAUAACUUUGUACAAUUUGAGCUACUAGUAUGAACACCAUGCUGUGCACCUUAAAUAAUUUGAUCUUCACUGGACACUGAAACCCCUUAAAGAAAUAUUCAUUUCAAGAAAACUGAUACUUAGGUGUUCCUUUAGCCAAGAUUGCACACCUAUUUAUUAAGUGACAAAAGUAGAAUUCUGAUUUUAAAAUUUGCCCUCUCUAUAUUAUAUUCCUACUUUGAAGCUCCAACUUUGACUAGUUUUAAUAAAUAAAAGUAUAAUUUUACAAACACUAUUUGUACUAUUUAAUAUUGCACUAUUUAAUACUGUUAGAAGUCAAAAUUCACAACUGUCCUACCCCAAAUGAUCCAGCUUUGCUUUCACCCAUCACAUUUUCUUCUUGUCCACAUGAAAUUUUGCCUUUGCAAUAUUAAUGUUUAAUACUACAAUAUUCCCACAUAACAAUUUUCUUUCUGAUUUUGUUUUGUUUGGUGCCAGGGACUAAAUCCAGGGAUGCUUACUCACUAAGCCACAUUCCCAGAUGCUUUUCUUCUUAAUUUUGAGACAAGGCCUUGCUAAAUUCCUGAG